GUCAUCGCGGCGCGCCGCGUAUGUCACGUGGGAGCGCCCGCGCAAGCUGGGAAGCGGAGAUGUGGCGUCCGACCCUGCGGGCGGCGCUGCGGGCGGGGGGAGCCGGAGUCGGCGGCUGCCGGAACGCGGGGAGCGACUCGGGGAAGGCCGGGAGCCGCGUGAGCGCCGAGCUGAUCGAGCACCUGGAGCGCCUGGCCCUGGUAGAUUUCCGAAACCGGGAAGGCGUGGAGCGGCUACGAGCGGCCAUCGAGUUCGCGGACCGGCUCCGCGCCGUGGACACGACUGGCGUGGCGCCCAUGGAGUCGGUGCUGGAAGACCGGUGUCUGUACCUACGAGCGGACCGCGUGGUGGAAGGCAACUGUGUGGAAGACCUGCUCCAGAACUCUCGCCAGACUGUCGAGGAGUACUUUGUGGCCCCCCCAGGUAACAUCACUCUUCCAAAACAAAGUGAACAAGAUCCAGUUACACAGAAUUAAACACUGCUCUGGAGAACAAUGCUCACGACAGAAAACAAUGUGGAGGAGUCUUGGGAAAGAUUAAAUCGAAGAAACUCCCAUGAACUUCCUCAACAUAGCCAGCCUCUGACCUUUUUCCUCCUUUCUCAAGAAGACGGGGUGAGAAUAGGGCACUGCUGAAGUUGUUUUGGCUUUUUUUCUUGGCCUACAUAGGCCAAGGGAGGGACUGUGGACUUGGAAAAAUUUCCCAGGAAAUGAAUGGAUCGAGUAUUCAUUUAAUACCUGGGUCACAUGCUGGAAGUAUCCUGUGGUUAACUGUAAGAUAACCUUGGGUUCAGGGUUUCUGUACUGGAUUAAAUCGUGAAUUUCUAACCAAAAUGUACUUUCCCCCAAGAAUUUAUUUCUUCCUGAUCAUGAGACUGUAUGGAAUUGGGAUUAUUCCUGCUUUCUCCUUCAUUAUUCCCUAAUCUUUUCAUAAAGUCUUUUUAUUUAUCAA